GUUCUUUUUGCCAUGCCAGUUUAUAUCCCGCCCUGACCCGAAUCUUGGUCAAUCAUACGCUCUGUGAUGUCCCCUAGUCCAUCUGCACAAUCUAAAGCCAGCUCCGACGACAAUGCCAGCAAAAUGUCGGAGGCGGCGCUCAGAAAGAAGAAGAACGCCGAUGCGCAGGCCGCCUUUCGUGCGCGACGUGCAAACUACAUCGCUACCCUCGAAGAGACAGUCACAAACCUCGAAUCCGUGGUCAUCCAGCUCCAAGAUUCUUGCAGUGAGGUGAAGGAAGAGAAUGCUAAGCUGCGACAGGAAGUCGCUCGCUGGAAGCAGGAGGCCAGACAGCGAGAUCGCAUGUUGAAGACGUUGUGGCAAGAGCGGGGAGCAGCCAAUCUCAGCUCACAGUCGCACGAUUAUCCUCCUGCGCCCCCAUAUUCAGCUCACCCAUCACCGAGCGUCAUCACGUCUCCAAUGAGCACUACCCAUGUCGGCCAGUACAUGGACAAUGGCGUGCGGUAUCCAGCCCAGCCGGUUUCCCUCGGCGGAGCAUUCCAACAUCCUAGCAUGGGGUCUGGACAGGACUAUUCGCAGCGUUCGCCUACGGUGACGAUGGCCAGCAAUGUAGGAGCAGAGACGUCUCCUGAUAAUCGGGCGCAUCACUUGGAUGCACAGAGGAUGUCGCGAUAUGAGCAAUACUCGUACCCUCCGGCCAAUACCACUAGCGAUGGGGCAUGGAUGCAGCCAGAAGCUCAGGCGGGGCUAUCGCCCGAGGUCUUCGAUGGCAGCAGUUCGUCGCAUUCCCCGAACUAUCUCGAAUCGCCCACUCUGACAUCAUCAGAGCUGGCAUAUUCGACGCAAUAUGGUCUUGAUGAUCAGAAGGCAUCAAGUUCCUUGACAUCCUUCGACUCUUCUUCCUACCCUCCCCCACCCAGCCGUUCAAUCUCCCCAGCAGCAUCCACGCCAACAUCAACUUCAUCGACAACAUCGUUGGCACCCGCCCCAUUCUCGUUCACAUUUCAGGACAGCUCACUUGUCCAGGACCACUCUGAGCUUGGCUAUCGCCGGCAACCACAGCUGACUUUGCACGGAGGAACUGCUGACAUCUCGAUGAUCACCUCGAGCCGUGACGCGGCCCGUUACCGACCCAACGGCCGCUCCAAUCCGUUAACCGAUCGUCCGAUAGCUCAAGCUCUCGCUUCUUACUCUCGGAGGGAAAACGGUUCCGGUGGCCGCGAGAGCGAUGACAGUGAAUCAUACGCAUACUCUAGUCGUUCCCGUACGAGAAGCGAAGCUCCCUCUACUCAUGUCUCCCGUUCACCUUCUCCCGCCCCGCCGAUAUGCGGAACGCUUGCCGUCAUCAAGGCACAGGCUUUUGGUGCCUUGCGACGAACGAGGAAUCGGAGUAGGAAGACGUCGGAGGGCGCUGCGAAAGCGGCAGUAGAGGCCUUGGAGGCGAGAGGUAUUGGGAUGGGGGUUGCCAUAGGAUCGAAACGACCGCGUCUGCACAUCGACGACGACGAUGAUGUGCACAAUUGAAAACACAUGGCUAGAUAUCAUGACAAGUUGUACUGAUGACACAUCCGCUGUAGUCUUGGAACUCUGUAGACCCAUCUACACAUGCUUCGCAUUGCUUACUUAUUUGCUAUCGUUGUUGCACUUCAUGUAGGAUACCAUUGAUAUGUAAUAUACCACUGCCUUCGAUGUUGGCUUCACUACUCGAACACCGAU